CCGGUUGGAAGUACCCGCCCCACUGAGGGCGGUGGCUUCGCCGCCCCUCCCCGCGCAUGCGCCGUCCGCCGCCGCGUGUGUCCCUCCCAGCGCGCCGUAGCUGCGGGGCGCGGGGCCGCCGGCAUGUUCCGCAUCGAGGGCCUGGGCCCCAAGCUGGACCCCGAGGAGCUGCGGCGGAGGAUGCGGCGCGACGUGCUCACCUCCGUGCGCAACUUCCUCAUCUACGUCGCGCUGCUGCGGAUCACUCCUUUCAUCCUGAAGAAGCUGGACAGUAUAUGAACACCGAAGAAGACUCAGUGUGUGAAAACAUGAAAUGGACUGUAGCUGCUUUCCCCUGUUUGUUAAUUAAAUGUUGUGCCAGAGGCAGACAGCCAGUACCAAAUGGUUCUUAAAUGUGUCACUUAAGCAUAUCUGACGUGGGAACGGUAGCGAAGUCGGGAGCCCAGGGAAGGCGUCUGCUGUCCGCUCUGGGGGUUCUGCUCACAGAGCGCUCCCCGAUGUCACCGAGCCGUGAUUCAGGACGUUUCCCAUGCUGUUCAAAACAAAGCCCAUCUCCGUGUUGUACGAAGUGUCACGCACCAGCACGUUGCUUUGUUGUGCAGCCGCCUCUCGACCGCUACGCGUGCAUCGUUACCCACCCUGUCUGCGCGAAAAACAGCGUUGUAAUGAGUCCAGCUCGCGAGCACUGUGAUCUGAAAUAAAUGGAAGAGCAGCUGUGUCA